UAAUUUGAGAGUUUCUGACAUGAAGAAGUUUAGUUGGCAGAGAGAGAGAGAGAAACAAGUGAGUAACAGCAAAGAGAGGUCUGUUCUGUUAGAAUCGUUGGCAAAUUGUGUCAGUGAAACAAAAAGAGAAAAGAAAGUAUAAUGUCAAAGAAGGAAGGAAGGACGGAAGGAAGCAAGCUUGGCCCUGAAGAGGAGAACCUCUAAGAUAAAUAUUGUAAAAUAUGAAAAAAGAAAAAGGUGUUUAAUAAAUUAAAAAUUUACAAAGGGAAAAAAGGAAAGGAGCUUAGGUUCUUGUAAUAAUUUAGGAACAAGAGCAGUUGGCAGUGGUUACUGUCUUUUAAAAAAAUGCAUACAUGUCACCUGUAAGCUUGGGCAGGUCUCCUCUCUUGCAUUUUUUAGAGGGUAAAUGAUAUAAAAGGUUGGAAUUUGAUGCUUCUUUCUGCUGUUUUGUGCGAGUGCAAAAUUGGUGAAUUUGUUUUCCUCUUGUAGAAUUUAAGCUUAGCAUUUGAUGUUUUUAGAGUUACUGUCAAACAACCAAUUUGACUGUGAAUGAGACUGCCCCAUCUCAGCUCAUGCAUAAUUCAAGUUAGAAUUUGAUGCUUGUCUUUUUUGGAGACCCAUCUGAGAAUAUCUCAAAAGGGUUUCUACAAAUUCCUUUUCUUGGUCCUUAGAGGGUUGUUAGGUCUUGAUUCAAAUCUCGAACAUUUGGUUACUGGCUUUGUUAGGAAUUUCUCCUACACACCAUUUUUCAUUCUACAUUCGUUUGAUUGCAAAUUGAAGACUUGAGUUGAUCCUCCUCAAUAGGGUUUGAGUUGAAGAGAUUCAAGACUGCUCAACAUAAUCAAUCACAUUGGUGUUUAAUUGAGUUUGAGAUUGUGAAAAAUAUAGUUCUUCUCUAAGCUAAAAGGAAAAAGGGAAUCUGCUUUCCUUUUGUUACUCUAUUGAGCUGUUACUUAGCUAUUGCCAUCGUUUGUCUAUGUCCACUUUAUGCUCUGAAAGGUUCACUUUCUUGUCUGCGGGAAGCAUUUUUCUUUUUUGCCUUCCAGCAGAGUAGACUUGAUCCUAGGGUUUUUGGAAGAAGAGGUAAAUAAUUUGUCUGUGUAAGAUUUUGUGCCUGAUGCAUUGGAUUUCUCCUUUUACUUUGUGUCUCUAGGAUUCUGCAAUGAGAGGUUUUUCUUACUUUAACAUCCUCUCAGUUCUAUAAAGCUGCCAAGAUUACUUGUUUCCUUGUUCAGUCUGCAAGAUAUCCCCAGCUAAUUUUGGUCAAGCCAACUUUCUCUCUAAUUUUAGCUACUUUCCUUCUGUUAAAUAUCUAUUCUUAGCCCAGGUCUAGGUUAGCCGUUGAGUAGGGCUUGAUUUCAAAUAUGCAAUUAUAGAUAGGCUGAGUUCCUUAGAAUUUGGAUGGUUAGCUUUAGAAUCUAGAGCAUGGCUAGUGGUGAUAAUGAUGUUGUGGGAUUUGAACACAGAAACGAGAGCCUUAUGAAUUGUCCAUCUUCACAGAUGAACAGAAAUCCUUUGUCUGACAAAUUUGAUGGAAUGGCAAUGAGUUCAAUAUCAAUGUAUAACAAGCCUUCAAAUACAUCAGAUCCUUUCUUUGGUUCUGGUUGGGAUCCAAUUGUGUCACUGAGUCAGAGUGAAAGCCUUGGGUGUUCUUCAAUGGUUUCUCACAGUGAAUUUGCGAAUUCUCAAUAUCCUCUUCUAAUAGAAAAUCAGGGAAUGAGUAGUACGUCCCACUUUUCCCAGUAUCAAUCUGAUCCAAGCUUUGUUGAGCUGGUGCCAAAGCUUCCGGGAUUUGGUGGUGGAAAUUUGUCAGAAAUGGUUGGUCCCUUCAGUCUACCGCAAUGCAGCCAGAUUGCCAACAGCAGGUGCCCCCCAAAUAAUGCUCUAAACUCUGAGGUUGGCAAUGAAAGGACUUCAAAAAAUAGUACACGAUCUCUUGAUGAGCAACAAAUUUCAGAAGAGGGGGUUGUAGGUGCUUCGCCCAAUGGAAAGAGUAGAAAACGAGUUCCUGAAUCAAACUCUCCACUAAGAUCAUUCCAGAAUGCUGACGAGGAGCCUCAAAAGGAUCCUUUUUUAGAGAGCUGCGAUGUUCCAAAAGAACAGGAUGGAAAGAAACAGAAAAUUGAACAAAAUACAGGUGCAAAUCCACGUGGUAAGCAAGUUGCAAAACAAGGUAAAGACAGUUCUCAAACUGGAGAAGCUCCAAAAGAAAAUUACAUCCAUGUGAGAGCAAGAAGGGGUCAGGCUACAAAUAGUCACAGCCUGGCAGAAAGGGUGAGAAGGGAAAAGAUAAGUGAGAGAAUGAGAUUGCUUCAAGAACUUGUACCAGGAUGCAAUAAGAUAACUGGGAAAGCUGUAAUGCUUGAUGAGAUUAUCAACUAUGUCCAGUCACUGCAACAGCAGGUUGAGUUUUUGACAAUGAAACUUGCCACUGUCAACCCAGAGUUAAACCUUGAUUUAGAGAGAAUUCUAUCCAAAGAUAUUCUUCUUUCGCGUGGAAGUGCUGCAGUUCUCGGAUUAGGUCCAGGGAUAAACUCCUUUCACCCUUUCUCCUCUGGUACCUUUCCGGGAACAAUUUCUGGCAUCCCAAGUACAAAUCCACAAUUCCCUUCCUUGCCCCAUCAGACUGUACUAGACAAUGAGCUGCAAAAUCUUUUUCAAAGGGGAUUUGAUUCCACUUCAGCCAUGGACUGUUUGGGACCAAACGCAGGGCUUUUAAAAUCAGAGCUUUGAUAUGCGGAAGAAGUUAAAAUAAAAAGGCUUUAGUUUUCCUAAUAACCACAUUCAAAUGUUUCAAGUUGACUGCAGAUUGAACUCAUCUAGAAAAGAAAAUUGGGAAAACAAUGGAGGAAAAAAUGGGAAAAGAAAGAAGAAAAACCAGGAUUCUUCAGCUGUAUAGGUUCUUUUAGUUUCUAACUGUGUGUUUUCCGAAUUUUUAGUCGAGGAAGAUAACUUGUUAUAAUUACAAAUCAUGUACAUUAAGGCAACAAAAGCAAGACUUGGUUGAUGGAAUUUUGUUUUUAGUUGGUAUCAUUGUAAGGGUUUGAUGCAUGUGAAAGCUUGCGAAAUUGUGCUAAGAAAAUUCUCUUGUAGUUUGAGAAUGAUGAUCGAACUUAAUGAAUAAUUUUAUAGUUGCAAAAUAGACUGCUUGAAACAUCUAAAGAUCGAUUAAAAGAAACUGCUUUAGGUAUGAUUACAACACUUUUUCCCAGCUCCUUUUGUCCUAAUAUAUGAACCAAAAAAAUCCAACUAUAUUUUCCCUAAUGGGCGAAACAAAACAAAGGAA